CAGAUAGCUUCUUGUAUUUUUCAUAAAAUUGAAGAGGCAAUUUUUCAAACAUGAAGAAAGCAUUCUGAUUGGUUGCUAUCAGGUUUUGAUGAAUCUCCCCAUAGUAUUUUGGCCUUUCCCAAUAAAAUGAAUACAUUUGGACAACAUUCAUCUAAUGUGUAUGGCCCCCUUUUAAGCUUGAACGUGUAUUUCUUUGCAUUUACAUUGUUCAUUGUUUGCACUUGUAAAUUGUAAGUGUAGAAAGGUUUUGUAACCUCUUAGUGUAUGUUAGAGUGUAUGUUCUCACUACUCUAGGUCUUUCAAAAAGAAUGUUAACGUAUGAAGUGUUAUCACAAAGCUCUGUCGUGUCACAGUGUUUCCUCGUGUCUCUUUCCAGUAGAAGGUGUACGCCGCCCACUUACCUUCAAUUGGCUGGAGAGCAGCCCAAUUCAGCUAUAAAAGCUGGUGACGGAGGUUGCUGAGCUCAUUCACUGCUCUGGGCUACAUAACACUGAUUUCCUUGCUGGCUGCAGUAAUAUCCAUCAUACAGAGGACUUUUUCCAGGGUGAUGUGAGCAGGAUUUCACUAUUGCAACAGGAUUAAUAUAAGCCAAAUAAUUGGACUUAUGUGGCUUUUGGAGAAGCUGAAAGUACCAGAAAUGCAGGGACAAAUCUGUGAUCUCACACCAAGAGGAGCCCAUCCUGACAAGGGCCAGCGUCCAAUACCUUGCCCUAAUGUAUUAACUCCAGAUAGAAUCCCUGAGUUCUGUAUCCCUCCUCUGCUUUCAUCUCAGAGGGGUAUGAGAAUAAAAUCUCUUUAUAGAUCUGUUCCUGACCUCUCUGGAGCAACUUUUGGAACCGGAGGUGUUAACACACCACACACACAUAUUAUUCAGGUGGACAGUGCUGAAGAAGCCCUCGAGGAAGAAAGUACAAAUGCUGACCCCCAGGCACAAGCAGCCCUUUCCUUGCCACAUCUUCCCAAAGCUCAAACUUCUUAUGGAUUCUGUACCCUACUAGAAAGCCCAAACACCAGAAGGAAAGAAUCUCUCUUCCACAAUGACCCUGCCAGCCUUCCAAUUUUGCUGCCUAAGUCACGCUUAAACACAUCUGCAUGGCAAUGGGCAUCCUCUUGUAGUAGUUUCUCAACUUUAAAACUGAGGUCACUGAGCCGCUCUGGCACCUUGGACAGCGAAACCUCAUCCUCUACAGACUCUUCACCAUUUAGUUCACCUCUGCUUCACAGAUCCCCACCUAGAUGUAACUCUUUGCUGAAAGCUAUAAGCCAGGACAAGAUCUUCUCCAAAGCACUCAGAAGGAAAGGGAAGUCCGGGCUGUCUAGAAAUAAUUCACUUUCAGCUGAUGAAUGUAGUUCCACAGAUAGCAGUCCAAAUAUCAUUCGGAGACUGUCUGAUGGAAUGAUGGAUUCUGUCUUUCCAAUGGAUCUUUUGUAUUCUAGAGGCAGAUUUAUGGCAGAAAAUGCUGUGUUGCUAGAAAAUGGAGGUUCUCUUCGUUUAUCUACAGAAUAUUGCUCUGAAGCACAGAGGUUGCGUGUCCGACUCAUAAGUGUUGAAGGACUUUACCAACCAGAUACUGACCCCAAAACCAUCAACUGUUUUGUGACACUGUCCAUUACUCCUGGAAAACAACAGAAGCAGCGAAGUACUGUAAUCCGAAGGAGUAGAAACCCCAUCUUCAAUGAGGACUUUUUCUUUGAGAAUGUAUUUCAAACACAGCUACAUAGCCGAAGUCUUAAAGUUAAGGUCAUCAACAAAAUGUGCAGCAUGAAAAGAGACUGUACUCUCGGACAAACUGAACUUCCUUUGCUUAGCAUCCUUUCCCCAUGAGGAUAAGCGGUUUAACAUGUUUUCAUAGCACUUUGAACUAUACAAUAUGUGAACAAAUGAUGUUUAUGUUUGACUGUAAGAAAACGUCAUUGACUUUGCAUCUACCAUAUGUCAGAGUCUUCAAUUUGUUAUUACUUAAACUUAUGAGCACUGCAGGUUGCUGUUUGUUCUAACAUUCUUGGUUGAAGAGUAGUAGAUUAGCAGUUGGCAUAGAUGCAAUCCUAUUUCAUGGGAGACUAGGAGCAAAGGCUUCUCAGUAUCUUCUUUCAAUGACCCAGAUAUGCCAAUUCUCCUUGCAACUAGAAAUUCAAUUAUAAUAGGCACAAACAAAACGUGAUCUACAGUAAGCAGCUAAAUGCUGUCUUUCUAUUUUCUGGAGUAGCAUUGCAAAGCACAGAAUAUUUUUAAGCUCUAUACUUCAUGUGUUAUCUCUGCAAAUUACAAGGCUGCAUUGUGAAUGCGAUUGGUCUUGAGGGUGUUUGUGUUAACAGUCUGAUAGAACUCUUCUUGUGACAGAGCACUGUAGGUAACUCAUAUAGCUACUCUCUAUGUACUGGUAUCAUUGGUUUAGUAAGAACAGCAUGUUUAGCAUGUAUGUAUUAUUUAUUUAUUUUUAUAUUUUAUUUUUGUAUCAAUUAUUCUUAAAUACUAUUUUUUUAUAAACACUUAAUAUACUUCUCCUAAGAAUGUAUCGCCAAGUUUAUUUAUUAUAACUAUGAUACU